UUGAGACUUCAAAUUGAUAAUGGGUAGCAUGAAACUCUGGUUAUGUGUUUUUCUGGUUUUGCUUUCCCUUCAGAAUAACGAAGCUCGUGUUCGUGGCUCGUACUCAAACAAGGGUAGCAGCCAGACAGCGAUGGAAAGUGCUAAAGAAUUGCUUAAGGCUAGCAUUGAGAGGCAGGUUGGACGGCAUCUUGAGUCGAAGCGAAGGAGUCCUGGUGGUCCUGAUCCACGCCAUCAUUAGAAUUCGGCCAUAAACAGUAAAGCUACUGAUAAAUGCGAGAGCAUCAAUAAAUAUUUUGCUUCAGCCUGCAAAUAGUUCUUGACCAUAGGAGUAAUAUAAGAUUAUC